ACCUAUUUCCAUUUUUGUUGAUAAAUCAUUCGAAAGUAAAUCAUGUUUGCUAAAUGUUUUGUGUCGUUUUUGGUAUUUUUCGCAAUAGUUAGUAGUGUUUUUACUAUCGGCGACGAAGAUAUCCGUUGCACAGCCAAGAGUUGCAAGGACGCAGUUUGCGAUGAAGUACCAGAUAAAUGCAAAAGCAACGAGACGAACGCGGGAGUCUACUUGCUGUCCCCGGACAUUUGCAAUUGUUGCAAAUAUUGUUUAGUGAAUUUAGUUGAAGGCGAGCCUUGCAGUGUUGGUGAUCCGUCAAAUGGCAAACAUAAAUCGAUAUGUGGACCUGGAUUGAUGUGCAAUGUUGAAAAGGACGGCGAAACGGACGGGACUUGUCAGAAAAUGAAUAGUCCAUGUGCUUCUGCACAACAAAUCUACGAUAAUAAAAGAGAGCUGGGAUAUUUGGGUUCUAUGGAAGCCAGACCCUCUUGCGACGAUGAUGGAUUUUAUUCUGCUUACAGGUGCAUCCCAGGACAAAAUUGUUUCUGUCAACUACCAAAUGGAACAAGAAUAUUUGGAGAUGCUAAUUAUAACACGAUAACGGAUUACAUGACAUGCGGUUGUUCUACGGCCUACCACGCCGCAAUAGAAAUUCUGGGCCGAGAAUUACACCCUCACGAACACUUUCGAUGCGCUGCGGAUGGCAGUUUCGAUCGGUUGCAGUGCAUCCAUGAAAAAUGCUUAUGCGUGGAUUCGUUGGACGGGGCGCCCACCUUUCCCAACAACCCUUUGGUGGACAUUAAGCUUAUUACGAAUGAAACAUUGAAAUGCUAUUCAUCAAACAAUACAGGAGAGUACUACAAAAAGUGCGAAAAAGAGUACAUGGAAAUACACAAGGAAGUGGAAAAUAAAAAAUCGAAACACAGUUAUAGUUUGGUGCUCGGUUAUUCUUACCCUAAUUGCGACAUGGAUGGAACCUUUGCUGCUGUACAAGAAAAUAAAACUCACAAAUAUUGCGUCGACAAGGAAGGAUCUAUAUUGACAGAACCUUUAGAAAAAACCGCCAGCACUGCAGCCAUGAAAUCUCUUUUAGCAAAUAUGAAUUGUAAAUGUGCUAGAGCCAAAUUAAUAAUGUCCACUACUGAAAAGCCCUUGUGCUUGAAAAACGGCAACUACGAUUCUAUACAAUGUAGACGAGGAAUUUGUAGAUGUGUAGAUGAAAAUGGCAACCAGAAGUGUUCUACUGAUGAUAAAAAGUGCGAGGAAGUCGACGAAAGUCAAAAGUCUAAACUUAAAUGUACUUAAAUUACCUACUAGACUAUAGUAAAAUGGUUAUUUUUUGGCAAAUUUAUUGUACUUACAUAAAAUGUAUUUAUUUCUGUAUGUCAGUAGGUAUAUCAAUUAUCAUGUCUUUGUCAUUCUCAUUAACUGUUCAUUAUUUUGAAUGCCAUGUAUAGGUAUUGGCAGAUGAAUAAACACUUA